UCCCCUCAUAAAUAAUAAAUAUACAAAAGAAGAGAAAAGAAGCUAGCGGCGCCUCGACAGGGGAUCUGUUUCACCAUGUCGCCCCGUCGUCUGCGCCCAUGGUCUUCUCGACCCCGAUUCGCCGCUAUCCGCGACGCAGUGCGGCGGACACGGCGUCGGCGUCGGCAUCGGCUGCUGAAACCUCUUACACCUCCUGCUGCAGGUAGUGGGUCAAAGGCCACUGAAACAAAUGGUGCAACCUGCGGACAACGUGAAUGUGCCCCAAAUAUGGGACAAGAACUUGGUUUGGAGGUACUCCCUGAGGACAUCAUACACCGUAUACAUUCUAUCAUGCCAGUACAAGAUGCUGCUCGUGCUGCCUGUGUGUCACGUAGAUUUGUGCAUUCCUGGAGAAGCUAUUCAAGCCUCAUACUCAGUGACCGUACACUUGGUUUGGAUGACACAGAUUUUGAGGAAAGGAAAACCCAUCUCAUUGAUAAAGUUGACAAAAUUCUUAAAAACCAUUAUGGCAAUGGGGUGAAGGUGAAGACACUUAAACUUGAGCUUGGACUUUGCAGCGAUAUCAAAGCCUCCUACCUCGACAGGUGGCUCCGAAUCAUUAAAUCUGGGAUCCAAGAAUUCAGCUUGGUGUUGCCUUUAGUUAUGAAUAAAAUCUACAACUUUCCGUGUUCGGUUUUAUCUGAUGAGGCAGCUGCAAGUUCAAUUCAGUCUCUUAGCCUCUUUGGUUGCGCUUUUCACCCCACAUCAAUACUUGGGCGCUUGAGAAGACUGAAAAGUUUACAUCUGUGCCAUGUCCACAUUACUGAGGAUGGAUUAGGGCACUUGCUCUCGAAAUCUUCUGCCCUGGAGCGGCUAGUGAUUGAUGCAUGUAGUGGGAUAAUUUGCUUGAAAAUACCUUGUACGAUGCAGCAGCUCAAGUUCCUCGCUGUUAAACUAUGCAAGAUGGUGCGGGUGGUAGAGAUAGAUGCUCCACAACUCGGCUCUUUUCACUAUGGCGGGACACCGGUCAUCUAUGUCCGAAAUUCUUCGCAACUUAAGAAUGUAGAUAUUUCGCCUGUCUGCCUGUCUGGUAUUCUCUCUUAUGCUCGCUUUAGCCUUCCGUCCAUUGCUCAAAAUGUUGAGAGCCUCACCCUGCGCGGUCGUAGUGAGAAUGCCAACACUCCAAUGCUGCCGUCCAAGCUCCCUCGCCUCAAGAACUUGGAAAUUGCACUCCUUAAACCGCACUUAUCCCCAAACUAUGAUGCCUUCUCUCUGGUUUCUUUUCUUGAUGCUUCUCCUGCCUUGGAAUCUUUCAUCCUACGCGUAGAGCAGGAUGCCAUGAUGCAUGACCCUGUUGUUGGAGACGACACUGAAUACCGGAGGCAAAAUCUCGAGUGCCGGAAUAACAGUCUCAGGAAGGUGAUGAUCACGGGCUUCUGUUCUGCCAAGAGCCUAGUUGAGCUCACAGUUCACAUCCUCGAGCGAACACAUUCACUCGAGCGCUUCACGCUCGACAUAACCUAUGGCUACGAUAGGAGAACUUGUAACAUCGCCAAAUUCCCAACUGCGAGAAUGAUUGGCCAAUGCUGGUCGUUGAGCAAGAGAGCUCUCGAGGAAGCUCAUAGAGCUGUGGAGACAGCGGAUAGAUACAUCAAGGGAAGAGUUCCCUCGUCCGUUCAAUUCGAGGUUCUGGGGCCUUGUCCUCGAUGCCAUAUUGGAAAGUAGGUAGACCAUGGCUGUGUGCACCGCUUGAUGCAGGGGCCCUGGGUAAUCCUCCUUUUCGAGAAAAAGGUACCAGUGGAUCAUUGACGUGGUACGGAGGGAUCUCGGUAGCAAUAGAUGCUGGUUGCUGGUGUCUAUUGAUUUCGUUGCUGUGAACAAUAAGAGAUUUAUUGGCCAGGCUUUUGUUCAACUCCGGAAGUGGGACUUUUGAGUUAUCUGUUCCUAGAGAUAUUAGAAGUUGCGUUAAUACAAUAUUAAGAGAUUAUUAGUGGCUGUUUGAAUUGGAGAUGCUAGUGCAGUGAUGUUUUGUUUUAGAGUUUUGAAUGGCAAAUGAUGUUUCAUCCAAUCAUUCAAUGUAAAGCCUGGAAUACCAUUUGAUGUGCUGCUGCUCUGGAAGUAGCCGUGGCAGUUUAGCUUUUGGUUUUGAAUUUUA